AUGUCCGCCGACUCGGAAUUCACAGGACAGACAAGGGACGGUCUGACGCGCCUCCCUCCCGUCGCAACCGAAGAGACACCCCUGCUGCAGGAUGAGCGUCCAGCCCAACAAGAAGACACAGACGGAACACCCAUUGUCAACGAACCAACCACCUUCGAGCUCAUCCUUGUGCUGGGCAGUAUCUGGGUAGGCGUCUUUCUUGCUGCGCUCGAUGCUACUGUUGUCGCGACUCUGUCCGGUCCCAUUUCGUCGUCGUUUAAUUCCCUGUCGCUGUUGUCGUGGAUCGCAGUCUCGUAUUUGAUUUCCAAUGCCGCGUUUCAACCGCUGAGUGGGCGAUUGACGGAUAUCUUCUCGCGGCGGGCGGGCCUUGUAUUCUCCAAUGUCUUUUUCGGAAUUGGGAACCUCAUAUGUGGUCUUGCGACGGAGCAAUGGAUGAUCGUGACUGGUCGCGUGGUCGCUGGCAUCGGCGGCGGUGGUCUGACGGCGAUCUCGACAUUUGUCACUUCGGACUUGGUUCCAUUGCGACGACGGGGUGUGUGGCAGGGAAUUGGUAAUAUCUGCUAUGGCACUGGUAUGGGCUUGGGGGGUGUUUUCGGUGGCAUGGUUAAUGAUUCACUCGGUUGGCGAUGGGCAUUCUUGAUUCAGGUACCGUUCGUCGUGCUAUCGACAGUGCUCAUUUGCUUUACCGUGAAAGUGCCAGUCAGGGAAACAGACACAUCGCGCAUCAAGCGAGUGGACUUUUUGGGCGCAUUUACAUUGAUUGUGUUCCUGGUUUUGCUACUUCUCGGUCUUAAUGCUGGUGGAAAUCAAGUUCCAUGGACUCACCCGCUGGUUCUCACCAGUCUUCCCUUAUCUGCAGUCUUUCUCGUGAUUUUCAUCUACAUCGAAGACAAGAUCGCCUCAGAACCCGUCAUUCCAGUCCGCCUUUUACUCGACCGAACAGUCGGGUUCGCCUGUCUAACAAACUGGUUUUCAACUAUGGCAGUUUUCGGUCUACUCUACUACGUGCCAAUCUAUUUCCAAGUACAAGGAUAUUCUGUCACGGCGGCAGGCGUCCGUCUCGUACCCGAAGCUGUUGGUACAGCUCUAGGUUCAUUGGGAUCAGGAAUGAUCAUGCGCGUUACGGGUCGAUACAUGCUUCUGAACUAUGUCGUCAUGGCUCUGCUGGUUAUCUGCUCGGGCGUAUUCUGCACUUUUGAACUGAACUCUCCGUCGUGGCUUCCGAUGCUCGGUCUGUUUGGUCUCGGACUCGGUUACGGCGCUAUGCUUACCAUCACUUUGGUCGCACUCAUUUCGGCAGUUGAUCACCACUACCAUUCCGUCGUCACAUCUGCAUCAUAUGCAUUUCGCAGUACCGGUAGCACGAUCGGCAUUACCAUCGCCUCAGCUGCGUUUCAGAACGUGCUCAAAAAGGGGCUAUGGGCUCGUUUUGGAGAUCGUCCAGAUGCCGAUGAGUUGAUCCCCCGGAUUCGGGAUAGUCUGGAUGAGAUAUGGAAAGUCCCAGCAGACUGGCGCGAGGGGGUGUUGGAUGCUUAUAUGGUGUCGUUACGGGCGAUCUUCAUUACUCUGCUUGGUGUGACGGUUUUGGCCGCUCUUUCGAGUCUGCUUAUGAGGCAGCACACUCUGUACAGCAGCUUGGCUCGACGGUGA